AUGACGGUCCUCGGCAAGCGAAAGGCCCCCGAGCCGUCCAUCUCGCACGAGGAUGCCAACGAAAUUUUCCGGCGGCACUUUGAGUCACGCUUCGCCCCCAUCGACGUAGCCGACGUAGCCAAGCCGCGCAAUGAAGCCCGCAAGGACCCAAAAGCCGAUGACGACGACGAAGACGACGAAGACGAAGAUGGAGAUGGAGACGAUGACAGCAACGAGGAGGAAUCCGCCUGGGGCGGUCUCUCUGAUGAUGAAAUUUCGGAUGAUGCUGAUGAUAUGAGCACCGUCGAGGUCAUCGACCAUUCGAAUUCGAAAACACUACCUGCCACGUCAUCCAUGUCCAAACGCGAACGCAAAGCUUUCAUGUCCUCCCGCCCGCCCGACCAAAGUAAAGCCGACGGCGCAUCCUCAACACCCUCCUCCGGGACCUCCACCCCAUCCAGCCUCCCCGAAGACGCCCCUUCCCUGCUCGCGCAGGACCUCGAGCUGCGCCGGCUCAUUGCCGAAUCUCACCUCCUCUCCGGCCGCAAGAGCCCCCUCACAUCGCUCGGCACCAACCAGGUGGCCCCCAAGUCCUUCGCCAGCGGCCGCAUCCGCCAAAAGGCGCUCGAUCUGCGCGUGCAGGCCCUCGGCUCCAGUCUCUCCAUCCACAAGCAAGAAAAGAUGCCGAUGAAGAUGCGCAAAGGUAUGGUCGCCGCCACCGACGCCCGCGAAGCCAAGCGCAGGCGCGAGGCCAGGGAGAACGGUGUCAUCUUGGAGCGCGAGACGGCCAAGAACAAAGGGCGGGAUCGGGCGAGAGAUAGGGGUGCCGUGGAUCGGCCUGGGGUGGGCAGGCUCAAGGGCGCAGAGCUGCGUUUGAGCUCGCGAGAUGUCAGGGGUCUCGAAGGCGUUGCCGAUAAACGCGUUCGACGAAAGGGCACAAGAUGA